CCUCUGCAGACCCAGCCCUAGGUGGCACCAGGAUGUCGGACACCGAGGAGCAGGAAUAUGAGGAGGAGCAGCCUGAAGAGGAGGAGCGCCCCAAACCAAGCCGCCCUGUGGUACCUCCACUGAUCCCCCCAAAGAUCCCGGAAGGGGAACGCGUGGACUUCGAUGACAUCCACCGGAAGCGCAUGGAGAAAGACCUGUUGGAGCUGCAGACGCUCAUCGACGUGCACUUCGAGCAGCGGAAGAAGGAGGAGGAGGAGCUCAUUGCGCUGAAAGACCGCAUUGAGCGGCGCCGGGCGGAGCGAGCGCAGCAGCAGCGCUUCAGGACCGAGAAGGAGCGGGAGCGGCAGGCCCGGCUGGCGGAGGAGAAAAUGCGGAAGGAAGAGGAGGAGGCCAAGAAGCGGGCUGAGGAUGAUGCUAAGAAGAAGAAGGUCCUGUCCAACAUGGGGGCCCAUUUUGGGGGCUACCUGGUCAAGGCAGAACAAAAGCGGGGGAAGCGCCAGACGGGGCGGGAGAUGAAGCUUCGCAUCCUGUCUGAGCGGAAGAAGCCUCUGGACAUUGACCACUUGGGCGAGGAGCAGCUCCGGGCCAAGGCCCAGGAACUGUCCGACUGGAUCCACCAGCUGGAGUCGGAGAAGUUUGACCUGAUGGAGAAGAUGAAGCAGCAGAAGUACGAGAUCAACCUGCUCUACAAUCGCAUCAGCCACGCCCAGAAGUUCCGGAAGGGGGCAGCGAAGGGCCGCCUUGGAGGCCGCUGGAAGUGAGGAUGGGGGGCCACCCCGAGGCAUCGGAGCCCCUGGAGUUCUUGUCCCCCCAUCUGUGUCCUGAAAUAAAGGCUCCGCCCGCGGGCACCUGCUGA